UGUUGAUAGUGCCCUGGUCCUCCAAAGGCUCUCUGGACAGGGCGAUGGAGACGGAGGGUUGUUUGUCUUUUUCCUCUCAGCCAAACAGGACAACGCCAGAAAAUUCACCUAGUUUGGAGCAUAGUUCCGGAUCUUUCUUUCCCUGCGAUGAGCUCCAAAAAGUUCCGCACCUUCCUCACCCGCAUCGGCUCGGUUUGCGGGGCGACUUUUACAACUCACCGAAUGUCGGACGUUUUCCAGACGACUCCACGGACUUUACGCACGGCGUCCCAGGCUCGAACGCCCGGGCAUCGCCGGGAAAGCACAACAAAUAUCUGGAAAAUAUUCAGGAUCAAAAAAACCUAUCUUUAAGUGGAAAGGCGUCAUUUUAUGAAAAUAACCCAGAAGGAGAGAAAUCUCUGGCCAAGCCACUGGGUUACCCUGCACUGGACUCAGACUGCUGUGGAAAACUCAAAGAGCAGCCCAACGGGGGACUCCAUCCGGGGGACUCCAUCGCUGACUCCAUCGACCUGUCGAGCAAGAACAAGAAGCGGCGCAACCGCACCACCUUCAGCACCUUCCAGCUGGAGGAGCUGGAGAAGGUCUUCCAGAAGACCCACUACCCAGACGUGUAUGCCCGCGAGCAACUCGCUCUGCGAACCGAACUCACCGAGGCGAGAGUGCAGGUUUGGUUCCAGAACCGGCGAGCCAAGUGGAGAAAGCGGGAGCGCUACGGGAAGAUCCAGGAGGUGCGGAAUCAUUUUGCUGCCACUUAUGAUAUCUCCCUCUUACCUCGUUCCGAUACAUACCAGAUGCAGGGCAACCUGUGGCCGGGGGGAGCAGGUACAGGAGGGGCCGGUGCGCCCGGCGCAGGGUGCGUCCUGGGGCCGGACAACAUGUCGUCGUCCUGCAUGACGCCCUACUCCCAUCCUCACGGCAACCUCCCGGGCUUCAUGGGCAUGUCUGCGUCUCCCAGCCACCACCACCACCCGCACCACCCGGGUAUCAAUGGCCUCUACUCACUGCACGGCUUUCCAGGGGGCCUGGGGGCCCACUCCUUCGAGGCCAGUCCCGAGUCUGAAUACAAGCCUUCAGGCCUGGUGGCGCUGCGUAUGAAAGCCAAGGAGCCCGGCAGCAUUCUGUCCUGGCCAACAUGACCGCAGGGCUGAUCCUCGUCUCCGUUCGGACUGAGCCGCCGUGGACCCAUGCAUACCAACAUUCCAGCGCACAUAGAGCACACACAAGUGUGUGCCCCUUAGACGCAAUCUAUGCUCAUCCCUCCUACACAUAGGACACUCUCAGUACGUGUGCGCGCAUGCACAGACUCACUCCCUCUCACACACACACACACAUACACACACACACACACACACACACACACAUGCACACACGCACACACACACACACACACACACACACAGGAGUGAUUUUUGGACCACAGAACUACCCCAGAAUAGAAAAAAUGUAUAAUUUUGCAGUCUUUUCUAGUUUUUACAAUUCUUAUAUGUUGGUCUGCAUUAUGGAGCUACUAGGUGUAAAGAUUUGUUAUCACUUCCCAACAGUGUCUAGUUUUCUGGUUUGAACAUCUGAAAAGCUUCAGUUUUCUGCGAUCAAGUGAGCCAUUGUAAAUCUUGCACAAAACAUGCCUUAUUGUCUAAAAUGAUGCUGAUUCCUUCAAUAUUGAAAUUCUUUGCAAGCAUUGUUAAGACCAAAGUAUUAAAAACAUUUGCUAUUUAAUGAUAUAAAUGUUAACUGCAUAUUGUCAAUGUAGAUUGGGCUUUAGUAUGACCAUUAAUAAAUGUCUUUGUGUUUCAAUUCCAUCUCUAUCAGAGAAAAAAAUUAUGAAGCUUUGCAGGAUGUUUAGUGUUGCUCAGAUACACAUAAAAACUCAGUCCCUGCACUCAACAGAGCUUGAUCCUUAGUUGUGCUCUGUGCUGCCCCCAU